GAUCAGCAUUGAAAGAAACGAAAGUUGAGCCUAACUAUUGAUGCUGUUCAGAGUGGUGCGGAGGAAAAAAGAAACACAAAAGAACAGGAAAAGAAUAAGACAAAGUGAGCCUGCUUUUCAAGACACUGGUCCUGCUUCAACAGUGAUCCUGCGUCAAGUAAAGCUUAGCAGUGUUUAGCAGUCUGUAACUAACAGUUAGAGUUACAGGUUAUGUCGUUGUCUUUUGUUUGAAUUGUUUACGUGUCCGCUGUGCGGGGGAAAUGAUAAUACAAGCGGAACUACGUAGCUAAUACGGGGAUCCUUAUUGUAGCAACACACUUUUGGAGGGAAGGCAAUUCUGCGCUGUGUUAGCUAAGUUUUCAUGUCAUCGGGUGUAGUUCAUAAAGGUUGAAGAGUGUAUGUUAGGAUGAAGUGUAAAUUCAUGCCAGGAAUAAUACGUGUGAAGUUUGAUUUCCUCCCUUCUGUAAUAAGCAGCCAAUGAGUUCUCACAGAAGGUGAUAAUUCUGACUAAAACUACAGAAUAAAGCCGCCAGUUAAAAUCAAGGAACGGUUGUGCUCGUGGUUACUGAAGGGAGCUACAGUGAGAACUCAAUGCUCUUCACGAGCAAGAGAGAAAGAAGAAUCUCAUCCAGCUGUAAAACGUCUACAAGAUUCCCAAAACCUGGUUGACCCUGCCAUCUGCCAGAUAAGAGUUUUGCACCUACCUGCAAACUAAGAAGAAAAUCUCCACAUAAGGAAGCAUCGUGAGGCAACAUAAGGUCAAGACUAACAGGAAAGUCAGACACACAACGCUGAAGUGAGAACAGAACAUGGACGUGUUUGUGCGCCAUAACCACAGAGGACACCAGGAGUUUGCUGUCCAGGCCGAGCACUUGAAACUGCCGUACCUAGGACUGAGACUGAAAGCUCAGGGCAUUCACAACAAGUACCUCUUCAAAGACAACAUCCCAGAAUACCCAAGGCCAGAGUUCUGGGUUUCCCAGCUCAGACACGACACGAAUGAAGGCGGGCUAUUUGGCAUAGCCGUCGAAAGCAAUGGGGGGUUCUGUGCUAGGGACCGAGAAGAGGGGCCAGAGGACCCAGAAGAGGGGCCAGAGGGUUUGGACCUGCUGUGGUGGAGCUUGUCUUUGGGAGCAGAGGAGAUGGCCUCGGCUGAACAACGUCUGCUCCAGACCAGGUACCCUGACAGGACAGAGGAGCAGGCCAGGGAGCAGAAAUCCUUCCUGCAGAGGUUCGCAACCUCACCUGCCUUCCUGGACACCUCUCGGCUGGGCUCCUACCGCUUCACCUUCCCCCUGGAGGAGCUGCUUAAGAGAUACCGGGAACAGCUAUGCGUUGGACACGAGCCAAUCCUGCGUGUGUAUGAGACAGUCCUGUACAAACAGGAGGUUAUGUACUCAGUGCUAGUCCACAGUCACUUCAACAACGACCUCUUUGAGAAGUACCCUCUCCUCCAGGACAAUGACGAUGGAGUCUGCGCUUACAGAGAUGGACAAAUCAUUUGGAGACCCGAGGCCAUGUGUGAGACACACAGCUUCAAACUGGUGCCAAAGCCCUACCAGAACCAGGAUGUAGCCCACCUGAUCCCUGAUCCACAGAAACACCAGUUCUACGUUUGGGACAACAUUGCUGUAGCGUUCCACAUGGACGGUUCACAGAUGUUGAACUUCGAUACGUACAAUUUGAGACACCAUCUGAGAUUCUGUGAGCCAGGAACGCCAUCAAUUUCCCCCACCUGUGAGUUCACCACAUACGAGGACGCCAAAGACAUGGUCGACUGCUAUUGGCCUUACUACCAUACCCCCCUGUUCUGAAAAACUUACUACCACACCCCCCUGUUCUGAUAAACUUACUACUACACCCCCCUGUUCUGAUAAACUUAAUACCACACCCCCUGUUCUAAUAAACUUACUACCACACCCCCUGUUCUAAUAAACUUACUACCACACCCCCUGUUCUAAUAAACUUACUACCACACCCCCUGUUCUAAUAAACUUACUACCACACCCCCCUGUUCUGAUAAACUUACUACCACAACCCCUGUUCUAAUAAACUUACUACCACACCCCCUGUUCUAAUAAACUUACUACCAA